AUGUUCGACAUCAACGUGCCCACCCAGUUCGGCUCGGGCGCCAUUCGCAUUGCUCUGCCGCCGGCCUCCUUGUUUAGCUUCCCUCCCGCCAACCUCCCCGCGGCGAUCCCCGCGCCGCACGUCGCAGAGGCAACAUGGAAGCAGCCCUUCAACAUCCCUGAUGACCUCUAUACUCAGCUGUUGGACGUGCGCGUUCCAAUCACCAUCGCCAGUGUCUAUGCGGUCACCGUCGUCCUAAUCAACCGCAUCAACAAGAGCCGUGGCUACAAGCCCUAUGGUUUCAGCCACACUCCCCUGUUCAAGCUGUUUGUCGUCUUGCACAACGUCUUCCUCGCUGUUUACUCUGCAUGGACCUUUAUCGGUAUGUUCCAGGCCUUUGGCAGCGCCUGGGCGGACCGUAACCAGCCCAAUGGUCUCGUCGGAGUUGUGGACUCGCUUUGCAAGAUCAAUGGACCCCGCGGCUAUGGCAAUGCUGCUACCUAUAGCCCUAUCACCAAGCAGUGGUCGAUUCCCAACCCCGAAUUCAAGCUAACUGCUGGGCUGCCCGAUUCGUCUGAUGUCGGCCGUCUGUGGAACGGUGGCCUGGCCUACUUCGGCUGGAUCUUCUACCUCUCCAAGUUCUACGAGGUUGUUGAUACAGCCAUCAUUCUGGCCAAGGGCAAGAAGAGCUCGACCCUACAGACCUACCACCACGCCGGUGCCAUGAUGUGCAUGUGGGCUGGUAUUCGCUAUAUGGCUGCUCCCAUUUGGAUCUUUACCCUGGUCAACUCGGCCAUUCAUGCGAUGAUGUACACCUACUACACCCUCACCGCUCUGCGCAUCCGUGUCCCCAACGCGAUCAAGCGUAGCUUGACCACCAUGCAGAUUACCCAGUUCGUCUUCGGUACCAACAUGGCCGCCGCCUACCUCUUUGUUCACUAUACCAUCCCCUACCCUGUUGGAAGCGCCGCCCUGCAGCACCUGUCCAAGGCUGCUCCCGCUGUUGCGACUGCCGUUGCUGAGGCUGGUUCCAUCCCCUGGUUGAAGAAGCUUGCUCUGCGCGCCGCUGGUGCUGAGGGCAUCGCUGAGAAUGUCGGCGGGGCUGUGGCUGCUCCUGCUCCUGCUACUGGCUUCACCCAGGAGAUGAUGACCUGUGUGGACACUUCCGGCCAGGCCUUUGCCAUCAUGCUCAACGUCUCCUACCUGCUUCCUCUCACCUGGUUGUUCGCCCGCUUCUUCGUGCGAUCCUACCUGAACCGCAAGGACACCAAGCAGCCCACCCACAUGGAGGCCGCUGAGAAGGCCGGCAUGGAUGCUCUUAAGGGUCUCAGCCGUGAGAUCCGGAGGGCCGCCAUUGAGGGUGAGAACAGUGAGAACACCGAUGAGGAGGUUGUCAAGGCGCAUGUGCAGAAGAUCACCGGACAGGCUGUCCCCCAGGACUCGCCUGUCAGGACACGCUCGUCUGCUGCCCAGAAGGCCAAGGCUGCUGGUGCCGCCGCCACAAAUGAGUCAGCCUCGGAUGAAGGUUUCUCCACUGUCCCUGCUAAGAAGGGUGCUAAGAAGCAGACCAAGAGCGAGAUUGAGUCCACCGCGGAUGUUCCAGAGACCAAGGGACAGAACCCGUUCGGCGUUCUUGAGAACAAUGCUUGA